AUGGAGAACGAGGAACUAUUCGUGGGUGAAUCGGCCCUGGAUGUACAACAAACCGCCGAGGAUUUCAUUCAGACACGUCGCACUGCAGAUGGUACAAUCUUGCGCGUGCACCAUGAGCCCCUGCUGGCCAACAUUGACGAUGAUGAUGAGUGGCCAGAGGAUGUACAGCAACUUCGCGACACAGAUACCCGACCGCGAUGGAGAAGACCAAGUAUUUAUUGGUUACUUCCAUUUGCACUGGUCUUCACUAUGGGCUUUGGCGGCAUGGUCGUGCCUAAGAUUACUCUCAUGAGGGAUCUAGUAUGCCGCGAUUAUCUCUACGAAAGGAGUCUGAAAGACCCUAGUUUCACAUACCUUCCGGUAGUUCUAUCCGAGGACAAUCCUCAAUGCCGCAUCCCUGAAGUACAGUCCAAAGUUGCACAGCUCCAGUUAUACAUCAACUUGAUUACUGGCCUCGUCGCAGCCCUGGUUAGUCCCCGACUAGGCCGUUUAUCGGAUGCCUAUGGCAGAACCAAAAUGAUGGCUCUGUUAGGAUUAUGUGCUGCCUGCAAUGAACUGAUUACUUGCUUCCUGGGAACCUGGCCCGAUGCUCUUUCCACCAACAUGUUCCUGCUUGGAGCUCUGGUGGACGGGCUGGGCGGCUCGAUCACCGGUGCCCAGGUAUUGCUUCACUCGUACGCAACUGAUUGUACACCUCCCGAUAGACGAAGUGUGGCAUUUGGCUUAUUCCACGGUGCACUGUUCUUGGGUGUGGCAGCUGGCCCGAGCGGUGCAGCGUAUAUCAUUCAAAAGACCGGGAACGAGUUGAUCGUGUUUUACACGGGCUUUUUGUUCCAUGUGUUCUUUGUCUUUGCUUUAUUCUUUAUUGUUCCCGAGUCCUUAUCCAAGGAUCUCCAGCUUGUGGCUCGUGCUAAGCACCGCGCGAAGCCCAUGGAUGAUGAACCAAAGUGGUAUUCGUGGAAAGCUCUCAACCCGAUGAACCUUGUCGCUCCUCUGAAGAUUCUUUGGCCCCCUGUUGGAAAGCCGAGUGUUCUAUUCCCUAAUCGGAAGGGUGCCAGCCCAGCUCUGCGCCGCAAUAUCGUCAUGCUGGCCAUGAUGGACACGGCUUUAUUCGGUGUCGCCAUGGGUACGGUGCAGGUCAUCGUUAUUUACGCUGAGUACAUGUUCAACUGGGGAAAUGUGGAGAUGAGUCUAUUCGUUGCCAUAGUCAAUGGCGUGCGUACUGCUAACCUAUUCCUGCUUUUGCCCCUCAUCUCCUGGUUUUUCCGCACGCCGACCAAGAACGAUGGCACAAUUCGCGGGUGCGAUACCCUCGAUGUCUGGAUAAUCCGGGUAUCUGUUCUCUUCGAUGUUGCCGGUUGCAUUGGUUAUACUGUGUCGAAGACAGGCACUGCUUGGCUUACUUCGGGUAUCAUUUCUUGUCUUGGUGGAAUGGGGUCUCCAACAAUGCAAUCUGCCCUCACCAAGCAUGUUCCGAAUGACCGAGUUGGACAGCUGCUUGGGGCAGCAGGUCUUUUGCAUGCACUUGCUCGGGUGGUUGCACCUACAGUUUUCAAUUUGAUCUAUACUUUGACAGUGGGGUCAUAUCCUCAGGCCAUUUUUGUUGUUCUUACAUCUGUCUUUGGAGCAGCAGCUAUAAUGAGCGUCUUUGUUCGACCGAACGUUACCAUUGAUGAUGAGCCUGCGCUUGACAUAGCGGUUGAGGCGAAUGAAGAUGGCGAGGACGAAGACGAUCGGUUGCUUAGAUGA